UAGUAAGUUACUUUGGAUUCUGUUCUGAGCUCCCAAAUGGCAAUAUUGUAAAGUAAGUGGUGGGUUCACUCCCACAAAGAAUAAAGCUGCACUGAGUCAUUUUUUACUAUAGGAUUAGAUCCAAUGGCUUUCAAGCACAUAUACGUUGCUCCAUUGCCAUAAAGUCUCAGACAUGUCAAAUUUCUUUCUUCCAAGUAUUCUCAAUUGUGUGCUUUCAAUUGUUUCCUUGUAAUGGUUUUGGAAUAGUUCCCAAUGGCUAUUAGUGUCUAUUCUGUUGUCUUGCAGGAAGGUUAAUGUGUUCUGUGGUCAAUUCUUCUGAAACAGGAAAAUUGCAGGAUCAACAGACUACCAAAGCCAUAGCCAAAUUACCUGCAUCAGAGUAGUCCCCAUGAAGUUCCUCUUGACUGCAUUGUUUGCUUUUCUUCUCAACAUAGUCAUUUUUCUUCCUUUAGCUAUUGCAGGCCUAGAGUCUGAUAAACAGGCCCUUCUUAAAUUUGCUGCUUCUGUUCGACAUGGUCGAAAACUUAACUGGAACACAAACAGUCCAGUUUGCACAUCUUGGGUAGGUGUCACUUGCACUCAAGAUGGUACACGUGUGGUAGCACUUCGGCUCCCUGGAGCUGGAUUCAUUGGUCAAAUCCCCACCAACACCCUUGGUAAACUAGAUGCCCUUAGGUCUCUCAGCCUUCGAUCCAAUCUCCUGAGUGGUUCUCUUCCUUCUGAUAUUACGUCCAUCCCAUCACUCAACAAUCUCUACAUCCAACACAAUAACUUCUCUGGUGACCUUCCUGCCAACUUUUCCAAUCAACUAAAUGUAUUGGAUCUUUCAUUCAAUUCCUUCACAGGCAACGUUCCAGAAACAAUACAAAAUUUAACACUACUCACUGGAUUGAGCCUUCAGGAAAACCAUUUAUCUGGAUCAAUACCUGAUCUUAAACUUCCUGCACUAAGGCAUUUGAAUUUAAGCUACAAUCAGCUUAAUGGAUCCAUUCCAGGAUCUCUUCAAAGAUUUCCUAAAGCAUCCUUUGUAGGGAACUUACAUUUGUGUGGGCCACCUUUACAUCCUUGCUCGCCUAUCCUCCCCCCACCAUCUCCAUCUUCUUCUCCAAUGCUCCCUCAGAAACAAAGCCCAAAAAAGAAAUUUGGUUUAGGUGUCAUCAUUGCUGUUGCAGCUGGAGGGGCUGUGAUGCUGUUUCUUUUAGCUUUGAUUAUCUUAUGCUGCUGUUUGAAGAAAAAAGAUGAUGGAGGCACAGGGGUAUCAAAAGGAAAGACUUCUGUUGGCGGCAGGAGCGAGAAGCCAAAAGAAGAGUUUGGCAGUGGGGUGCAAGAGCCUGAUAAAAACAAGCUGGUUUUCUUUGAAGGCUGCUCUUACAAUUUUGACCUUGAAGAUUUAUUGAGGGCUUCAGCUGAAGUGCUAGGAAAGGGCAGUUAUGGCACGGCCUAUAAGGCUGUAUUGGAGGAGGCGACAACAGCAGUAGUCAAAAGGUUGAAAGAAGUAGUGGUGGGGAAGAAGGAUUUUGAGCAGCAGAUGGAGAUGAUUGGAAGAGUAGGGCAGCACCCAAAUGUUGUGCCACUUCGGGCUUAUUAUUACUCUAAGGAUGAGAAGCUCUUGGUUUAUGACUAUGUUCCAGGUGGCAGCUUAUCCACACUCUUGCAUGGGAACAGAGCAGGAGGGAGAAGCUCACUUGACUGGAAGUCGAGAGUUAAAAUCUCCCUUGGAGCUGCAAGAGGACUUGCUCACAUCCAUUCCAUUGGUGGUCCUAAAUUUACUCAUGGAAAUAUAAAGUCCUCAAACAUUCUCCUAAACCAAGAUCUUGAUGGUUGCAUCACUGAUUUGGGUUUGACACCUCUCAUGAAUGCCCCAGCUGCUCCAUCUCGGAGUGUGGGCUAUCGCUCUCCAGAGGUGAUUGAAUCCCGCAAGCACACUCAUAAGUCAGAUGUGUACAGUUUUGGUGUGCUCCUCCUGGAGAUGUUGACUGGAAAAGCCCCACUCCAGUCAGCAGGACAUGAUGAGAUGGUUGAUCUCCCUAGGUGGGUUCAGUCUGUUGUCAGGGAAGAGUGGACAGCAGAGGUCUUUGAUGUUGAGUUGAUGAGGUUCCAAAACAUUGAAGAAGAAAUGGUGCAGAUGUUGCAAAUUGCCAUGUCUUGUGUUGCUAAGGUUCCAGAUAUGCGACCAAGCAUGGACCAAGUGGUUAGACUGAUCGAAGAUGUCAAGCAAUCUGACACAGAGAACCAACCGUCUUCAGAAGAGAAUAAAUCAAAAGAUUCAAAUGUGCAGACUCCAUGAUUGAUCAAAAUUUACACCUUUUAUGUUUGUUGAGCGGGAUGGGAGUAUACUUUUUGACAGUGUUGUUCAUCCUCUCAAGUCUGAACCAAACAUGCAUGUGUUUUAUUCUUAAAUUUCCAAGCUUGUCAUUCAUGUGCCAUUUUUAUUUUUUCAUAGGAAUGCAGGGCCAUGUAUUUUGGUUUUCAUUUUUUCUUGGAUUUGUUGUAACAUUCAUUUCAGCAAUUAAUUUUACUUCAAGGA